AAAAAAUCAAAAAACGCAAAACACAAUGUCUGCCGAAGAAUUAGAACAAACCAGCUUUACUGCUCUUGAUGAUGAUGAAAAGGUUGAAGAAACCACAACACCAGUUACUACUACACCAGAAGUUCCUGCAACAAUCACACCAGUUGUUGAAACUGUUGCUGAUGUAGUUGAAGAAAAACCAAAGGCUGUUGUUACACCAGUUGUUGCCUCUACUUCUCCAACAACAACAACAACUUCUACUCCAAAGGUUGCUGCCACCACAACACCAACAUCAACUCUUACUGCCACUCCUGUUAAAAGAUCUAGCAAGGGACAACCACUUCCUUUCAGUAUUAAUCCAACCGAUCAAACUCCAGUUGAACAAUUAAGUUUGGCUGAUAUUCUCAUGUGGAGAAAUAUCUUUGUCACUGUCCCAGUCUUCCUUGCUAUUCAAGCUCUUUUCCUCCUUCUCUGCAAAUAUGAAUUCACACUUGUCAACCUCAUUGGCAAGGUUGUCUUUAUUCAAGUUCUCAUUUCUGUUGGUUACAUGGUUGUCUUUAAAAUUAUUCAAAACAAUCCAAAUCAUACUUUCCCAUUCCAAAAUGUUGAAAUUAGUCAAGAACUCGUCAAUAAGAUUGUCACUGGUAUCGUUGCAAACGUUAACUCUGGCUUGAAGUAUUAUCUUGACAUUUUGAGCUGUAAGGAAUUGGGUAAGACCCUUGCUUUCGGUGUUGUUGUUCUCAUUGUCAGCUGGUUGGGUAAAAAGAUGGCCGGUGAAACUUUCUUGUAUCUUGCUUUGAAUGUCCUCUUCACUCUCCCAUUAAUUUAUGAAUGGAAACAAGAUGAAAUUGACUCUGUUCUCAAGAUUGCUUGUGAUCAAUCUAAGAAGUACAUUGAUUUGGGUAUUUCUAAAUUGCCACCUCAAGCUAAGGAUAUUCUUGCUAAAUUAGGUUUGGAUGGUAAGAAGAAUCAAUAAAUUAUAUAGCUCAUUAUAUUAU